GGGAAUUUACAGGAUCGCUGAAAGCUGGCCCUGACAGGGCUGACUUGCGGAAGAGGAAUGAAUCCUUCCAAACUCCGAUCUUUGCAGGACACCGUCCCCCCCUGGCCUGCAGCUGGUGUAACAGGGAUCAUUCCCUGAAAUAGCAGGAUCCUGCCAACAGCAGGACGUCAAUAAGAUUGGUUAUAGGACGCAAAGGCCGGCGCGGAGCACGUCCCAUUAGAUCAUCCCUGGCUAAGAACCAGCACGAAUACAAGGGUUCAUUACAGGUGUAGGCGCAGAACUGGGCUAAACUCCGCCCUGAGCGUCCACGUCUAAGCUGCACCCAGGGUUAGCGGCUGGUGACGUGACACGGGCCCCUCUCGCCCCGGCCCGGCUGCGCAGGCGCCGUGCUCCCCAGCGGCCCCCAGCUUGACCGCUGCCGCUUCGGUUUCCCGGCGCCUGCGUGGCUCGGGCCGCUGGUCGCCGGUUGGGCAGCCGUUGUGGGGCCGGCGGCAGAGGAGAAGUGAGGUCCCGGGCGGGGCUCCCGGGAGCCAUGGCCUGCUCUGUUGUCCAGUUCUGCUCCUUCCAGGACCUCCAGGCCGCCCGGGACUUCCUCUUCCCGGGCCUGCGGGAGGGGAGCCCCAGCGGCGCCGUGCGCGGGGACCCCGGUAAACCAACAAACUGGGAAGAUGAUGGUUGGGGAGCAUGGGAAGAAACUGAACCCCAAGAACCUGAUGAAGAAGGAAAUACUUCCAAAGCACAAAAAUCGUCCUGGCUCCAAGACUGUGUCUUAUCCUUAUCUCCUACCAAUGAUGUUAUGGUCAUAGCUCGGGAGCAAAAAGCUGUUUUUCUAGUGCCAAAAUGGAAAUACAGUGAUAAAGGCAAGGAAGAAAUGCAGUUUGCUGUCAGCUGGAGUGGUUCUUUAAAUGUUGAAGAAGGGGAAUAUGUAACCAGUGCCCUAUGUAUCCCACUGGCAAGCCAAAAGAGGAGUUCUACUGGACGUCCUGACUGGACUUGCAUUGUGGUGGGCUUUACUUCCGGUUAUGUUCGCUUCUACACUGAGAAUGGUGUGCUCUUGCUUGCACAACUUUUGAAUGAAGAUUCAGUGUUGCAGCUUAAAUGCAGAACCUAUGAAAUCCCACGACAUCCUGGCGUGACUGAGCAGAAUGAAGAGUUGAGUAUCUUAUAUCCAGCUGCCAUUGUGACUAUUGAUGGAUUUAGCCUUUUUCAGUCUCUUCGUGCUUGUCGAAAUCAGGUAGCAAAAGCUGCAGCAUCAGGCAAUGAGAACAUACAACCACCACCAUUAGCUUAUAAAAAAUGGGGUCUACAAGAUAUUGACACUAUUAUUGAUCAUGCUAGUAUUGGUAUUAUGACUCUGUCCCCUUUUGAUCAAAUGAAGACUGCCUCCAAUAUAGGUGGAUUCAGUGCAGCAAUUAAAAACAGUCCGCCAGCCAUGUCUCAGUACAUCACUGUGGGGUCCAGUCCAUUUACUGGCUUCUUCUAUGCUUUAGAGGGGAGCGCUCAACCACUGCUAUCUCACGUCGCCCUAGCAGUUGCAAGUAAACUCACCUCCGCUUUAUUUAAUGCUGCCAGCGGUUGGCUUGGUUGGAAAAGUAAGCAUGAGGAAGACGCUGCCCCAAAGCAAAAACCGAAGGUUGAACCAGCUACCCCGUUAGCUGUAAGGUUUGGACUUCCAGAUUCUAGACGUCAUGGUGAAAGUAUAUGUCUGUCUCCAUGUAACACACUGGCGGCAGUAACUGAUGAUUUUGGCCGAGUUAUUUUAUUGGAUGUAACUAGAGGAAUUGCAGUACGCAUGUGGAAAGGCUAUCGGGGUGCACAGAUUGGCUGGAUCCAAAUAGUAGAGGACCUCCACGAGAGAGUACCAGAGAAGGUGGAUUUUCCCCCCUUUGGGAAUACUCAGGGUCCAAGUCGAGUAGCUCAGUUCAUUGUGAUCUAUGCACCAAGAAGGGGGAUUUUGGAAGUGUGGAGCACACAGCAGGGACCUAGAGUGGGAGCUUUCAAUGUGGGAAAGCACUGCAGGCUUCUGUAUCCUGGCUAUAAAAUAAUGGGCUUAAAUAAUGUUACCAGUCAGAGCUGGCAGCCACAGACUUACCAGAUCUGUCUCGUUGAUCCAGUGUCUGGAAGUGUGAAAACAGUGAAUGUUCCCUUCCAUUUAGCACUGAGUGACAAGAAGAGUGAACGAGCCAAAGACAUGCACUUAGUGAAGAAAUUAGCAGCCUUACUGAAAACAAAGUCUCCCAAUGUUGAUAUGGUUGAAAAAGAAAUAAAGGAAUUAAUUCUUGAUAUUAAAUACCCUGUAACCAAAAAACAAGCUUUGGAGAGCAUUUUGGCAAGUGAACGCUUACCAUUUUCCUGCCUUAGAAACAUCACUCAGACUUUAAUGGACACUUUAAAAAAUCAAGAGCUUGAGUCUGUUGAUGAAGGAUUGCUACAGUUCUGUGCCAAUAAACUGAAGUUACUCCAUCUUUAUGAGUCUGUCAGUCAGUUGAAUUCCCAUGGAUUUCAUUCAGACACACCAUUCUCUGAUAAUGACUUGGCUGUGUUACUAAGGCUUGAUGAAAAAGAACUGCUUAAGCUCCAGGCAUUAUUAGAGAAGUAUAAACAAGAGAAAACCAGCACUACGGUCCGAUUUUCUGAUGAUAAGGAUGGUGUGUUGCCCGUAAAAACAUUCCUGGAAUAUUUAGAAUCUGAGAAAGAUGUGGUCAACAUAAAGAAGAUAAAUGAAGAAGAAUCUGUGGCUUUAGGCAGUUUCUUUUUUUGGAAGUGUUUGCAUGGAGAAAGUUCCCCUGCGGAUGUGUGUCACACUUCGGAGUCAGCCGGACUCAGCCCUCAGCUGCUGCUGUCUCUGCUCCUGAGUGUUUGGCUUUCUAAGGAAAAAGAUAUUUUGGAUAAACCACAGUCUGUCUGCUGUCUUCAUACAGUGCUGUCUCUGUUGAGCCAGAUGAAAGUGGCCAUCGAUGAGACCUGGGACUCCCAGUCUGUGUCCCCUUGGUGGCAGCAGAUGCGCACAGCCUGUAUUCAGUCCGAGAACAACGGAGCUGCCCUAUUAUCUGCACAUGUUGGACAUUCUGUUGCUGCACAAAUAUCAAACAGUGGGACAGAGAAAAAAUUUUCCCAAACAGUUUUGGGUGCUGAUUCGGAAGCCCUCACUGACUCGUGGGAGGCCCUUUCUCUUGACACUGAGUACUGGAAACUCCUGCUGAAACAACUGGAGGAUUGUCUCUUACUUCAGACUCUGCUUCUUAGCAAAGCGAACACCCGAACCUCCAAAGUGUCGUUAGUGCAGGCUGAGCCCCUCCCGCGGCUUUCUGUUAAAAAGUUAUUAGAAGGCGGAAAAGGUGGCAUUGCAGACAGUGUAGCCAAGUGGAUAUUUAAACAGGACUUCAAUCCUGAAAUAUUAAAACUGGCUAAUAAUGAAAGAGAUGCAGAAAACCCAGAUGAACCCAAAGAAGGUAUUAACAGAGAUUUAUUUGAAGUGUCAGAGGUAGACAUGAACUUAGGAGCCAUACCAGGCUUGCUGCAGUCAGCCUAUAAGCAGUUCCCUUGUAGCCUCGAGCUGGACGUGCUGCACGCACAUUGCUGCUGGGAGUAUGUUGUUCAGUGGAACAAAGAUCCAGAGGAAGCACGGUUUUUUGUUAGGUCAAUAGAACAUUUGAAGCACAUUCUUAAUGCACAUGUUCAGAAUGGCAUUGCGCUGAUGAUGUGGAAUACAUUCUUGGUUAAAAGGUUUUCUGCUGCUACAUACUUGAUGGAUAAGGUUGGAAAAUCGCCAAAGGAUAGGUUAUGCCGAAGGGAUGUGGGGAUGAGUGAUACAGCAAUGACAUCUUUCCUUGGCUCCUGCUUGGAUCUUCUUCAGACUUUAAUGGAGGCAGAUGUUAGCAGGGAUGAGAUGCAAGUGCCCGUCCUGGACACUGAGGAUGCUUGGCUUGCUGUGGAAGGACCAAUCUCCAUAGUGGAGCUGGCCCUGGAACAGAAGCACAUCCACUACCCGCUGGUGGAGCACCAUUCGGUCCUGUGCUCCAUCUUAUAUGCGGUCAUGAGGUUUUCUCUGAAGACUGUGAAGCCGCUUUCACUUUUUGACAGUAAGGGGAAAAAUGCAUUUUUCAAAGACCUAACUUCAAUUCAGUUAUUACCUAGUGGGGAAAUGGAUCCAAAUUUUAUUUCUGUACGACAACAGUUUUUACUGAAAGUUGUCAGUGCAGCUGUCCAAGCCCAACAUUCAAUCACAAAGGACAAAGAUUCCUCAGAAGAGGCACUGACCACUCCUUUUGGGAAAGACCAAGAUUGGCCAGUGCUGGCAGUGGAUCUGGCCCAUCACCUUCAAGUCAGUGAAGAUGUUGUUAGAAGGCAUUACGUUGGGGAGCUCUACAGCCACGGAGCUGACCACCUGGGGGAAGAGGCCAUCCUCCAGGUUCAUGACAAAGAGGUCCUGGCCUCUCAGCUGCUGGUGCUGACAGGGCAGAGGCUGGCCCAGGCGCUCCUCCACACCCAGACGAAGGAAGGGAUGGAGCUGCUCGCCAGACUGCCGCCCACCCUCUGUACUUGGCUGAAAGCCAUGGACCCCCAAGAUCUUCAAAACAGAGAAGUGCCAAUUGCAACAACAGCUAAACUAUACUCAUCAGUAAAACUACAGAAGCGUCCGACACUGCGUGUCGGGCGAGCGCUUCGACUCCCCCGCACAAUCCCGUGCCGGGCCACCGCCUCGGGCUCCGGAUGCCGACAGGUUGCUUGCCCAGAGGUGUCGCCGUCGCCAUCGGCGGAGGCGUACUGGUUUGAGGUCAUCAUAUUCAUCAGAAGGGAUACUAGCAGAACCCUUAACCUGUUGUAUUUGCCAAAAUUGAGGCUCUGAGAUGCAAGCAACACAGCAAAAUUAAAUCAUAUGCAAAUUAGGAUUUGCUUUUGGCCAAGAUUGAAAGUUGUAACCACAUCAGGUAAUUGUAAAAAUGUAUUAUCUUGUAAAACUUACAUUUAAAAAAAGGGCAAAGAUGCUAAAAAUUUAAAUCCAACUUUAUUUUCCUACAAGUGUUUAGAAAUCUGCUUCUGGGAUAUGGUAGUAUUACCUGUUCUUGAGACUAAUACAGGACGCGCUUAGUGAUACUACAGCUUUAGCAAACCUACCUCACAGCUGGAUUGAGAGGCUAAAAUAAAACUAAUUUUAUACCCUCGAGUGCCUAGAGCAGUCCAAGUGCUGAAUAAUUAUUUGAUGAUCAAAACCAAAUUAACCAAAACUCUGUAAAAAGUGCUUUGAGCUCUACAAAUACCAAGUAUUUAUUGUGGUCUAUCUUUGGAAUGUAGCCAUACAGUGCAAUUACUGAUAUCUGUCAUGGGUCACAGCUGUUAUUCAUAGUAACUCAUUGGGAUAGAGAAGUUUGUUUCUUCACGUCCUUGUAAGAAGCCAACUCUAACAAUUGUAGAAAGCUGGGUUACAUGUCCAUCAGGGAUAUAAAGAAAAAAGUCUAUUGUUUGAGGAUACCCCAAAGUAAAUUAUUUUAACUAAAAGAUCACAUCCAAGUAAGAACUUAACUGCCUAAAACUUAAUAAUUACUGUUUGAUUUUAAAACUCAAAAGAUAAAAUUUUAAGAUGUCUUGAGUAUUUGGGGUGAGGGCCUGUGAGUCUGACUGAGGUGCACACCGUGUACAGUGGGAGCUUUGAAGAGCAGCUCGGAUCACCACUGCACCAUCCAGACACGUCGGUAUGAUUUCUGCUAAAUGCAGCUAGCUUAUAUAGUCACUUGUUAUAUAUAUCUUAAAAGAUUAGUUUUUCUAUGAUUUUUCUAAAUACUCUGAAAGUAGUUAUGAAUUUUGGAGGCUGGUCUAAGAAACGUGGAAUUAUACAUAUUUUUAAAAAUAUUAAAUCCUCAUUUUGAUUCCAUUAUCAUUUUGGGGGUGGGGUACCUAAUAAGCAUUUUAGAUGAUAAACCGUUCAAUUUACUGAUAGAACAUAUCAUCAAAUUGGGAUUGUUGAGAAUAGUAAGAUGAAAUAUGGUUCAUAGAACCAUAACAAAUCAAGUCUGUAGUUAGAUUUAUAAUCCUAAAAAUUUACCACUCAUAGAAUUUUUAAAUUGAAUUCUGAGACAUACAGUUAAGAAAAGCAGUUCAGUAUUUUAUGUUUCAUCAAGGGCUUUUAAAAUCUGACAAGAGAGAAAGGAAAGUCAAUUCCUACAUACGUGUGUGUGUGUGUGUGUGUGUGUGUGUGUGUGUGUGUGUGUGUUCUGUAACAAUGAAGAGCCACACAGGAAUUAGCUUUUAUGUAGGGGGUGGUUUCUGAAACACAUGUAAGUUGCAGUUAUUAAUAGGAAGCCAAGAACCAGUAGUGUUUUCCUAGAUAGACUCCAUACCCUUUCUUGACAUUAAAUAAGCAUUUUGUAAAUUCCAUUGUACAAUGCUGAAGGACAAAAGUGUUCAAAUAAUUGUUACUUCUGCAGGUUGUGUUUCGGUAAUAGAACUAGGAGAGCCAGGAUAAAUGUAGAUGAAGAGGAAUAUAGCACCAAGCUUCUAAAUGUUUCAUAAUUUUGCAAAAAAAGAAACAGAGAAGAGGAUUUCACCUCUGUUACAAAACUUCAUCUAAGGGUUAGAGUAAGUACUGUUAUAUUUAACUUGCUUUCUUAAAAAAAAAAUAUGGUAAUUGUAAUCUAAAAUCAUAGAAAACCCAGAUUUAAUAAUAGUAAGUCGACAUGGAAUUUGACAUUCACUUAGAAGUUGCUGUUGUUCAUUUCACUUUUAAGAUAUAAAUAUUUUAAAAAUACUUGGUAGCAAGAGUGAAAGCCCUUUCUCACCCUGGUAGGAAUGGAUGUGUUGGGCUUCUAAAAGCUAGAUUUCUGCUGAAGAGAUCAGCCUUCCCUAGAAAGAUUUUAAUCCAAUGCUGAAUUGUUUAUAAAAUGCUCUAUAUAUUAUCUAUUGUAAUGUAAGUAGUGAAAUUCUGUAUAUACUUACAUUUUCUGUGUCUGUUCCUUGUUGUGAACUUAUGUAUAUUAAAGAAAUAAAUUUUCAGCUUUCA